GAGCCCUCGGGUUAACAGAGGCGCGGGGGUUCCUCGGGCGAGAGCGCGGCGCGAGGGCAGCGGGGAGCCAUGGCUGCGAUUCCGCCGAUCGGCCUGGGCACCUGGAAGGCCUCUCCAGGAGAAGUGACUAAUGCAGUGAAGGUGGCCAUCGAUGCGGGGUACCGGCACUUCGACUGUGCGUACUUCUACAAGAAUGAGAGUGAGGUAGGAGAAGGAAUCCAGUGCAAGAUCAACGAGGGUGUUGUGAAACGAGAGGAGCUGUUCAUUGUCAGUAAGCUGUGGUGCACUUUCCACCAGAAGUCCUUGGUGAGGACAGCAUGCAGCCAGAGUCUGAAAGCCUUGAAGUUGGAUUACUUGGACCUCUACCUCAUUCACUGGCCCAUGGGUUUCAAGCCUGGAAAAGACGACAUGCCUUUGGAUCACAGUGGCAUGGUUAUACCCAGUAACACAGACUUCCUGGACACGUGGGAGGCCAUGGAGGACCUGGUGAGUGAAGGGCUGGUGAAGGCCAUUGGAGUUUCAAACUUCAACCAUGAACAACUUGAGAGGCUUUUGAAUAAGCAGAAUUUGAGGAUCAAGCCAAUCACUAACCAGAUUGAGUGCCACCCAUAUCUUUCUCAGAAGAGACUGAUCAGUUUUUGCCAAGCCAGAGGUGUGUCUGUGACUGCUUACUGUCCUCUUGGUGGCUCAAGUAAGGGGGUUGACUUGAUGGAUGACCCUGUGAUCCAGAGGAUUGCAGAGAAGCAUGGCAAGACUCCUGCACAGAUUUUGAUUCGAUUUCAUAUCCAGAGGAAUGUAAUUGUGAUUCCCAAAUCUGUCACCCCACACCGGAUUCAAAAGAAUAUCCAGGUAUUUGAUUUUGAAUUAACAGAGCAAGAUAUGAAUGACAUCCUCAGUCUAGAUAAAAAUCUCCGAUUGACCACAUUCCCCAUAACUAAAAAUCACAAAGACUAUCCUUUCCACAUUGAAUACUGAAGAAGGCUUCCCUCUUCCUCAUUUCUACUCAGCCAAGACUGUUGCUUAUGGCAGCUCACCUCUGCAAAGGCUCUGCAGUCCCUGUGCUAGGGGUGGGAGCAGGUAGAUGGGAGCAGGUAGAUAGGUGGCUUCCUGGCUGAAAUGGUUGCCCAGUUCUCUGCAAGACACCAAGAACUGAGGGUCUGCUAAAUGACAGAAAGAGAGAAGCACCCUGAGGGUCAUCGUCACUAUUCAGGGGAUCCAUAUAAAUGUUAAGGAUCUAUCAAGCACACAGUGCAGUAUCAUUUCUAAGUACCAGUACAUGUAGCCUGUACCAAAAAAAAAAAAAAAAGAUGACUCACUACUUAAAUUUACCUCCAUAUUUUAAGAAAACAUUGAUGAAACAGUUAAACAAUAUGUAAGAAUUGAGAGAAGAGACAGUUAAUUUCAUUCUGUUAACAUAGCUUCCACAGGAUGCAGCCAUGGCCAGUCUUGUUUCACCUCUACUUUCCUCUGUAUCUGCCACUAGCCCCCUGGAUGAUUUUAAAGCCAGAUCUUUAUCUGCACACAUCAAAAGGAAAACAGUAAAUCUGGUACGCCGUGUCAGUCAAAAUAGUAGUCUGUUUACUUAUUAAAAUCUGAAAUUUAAUUUUGAAA